AUGAUCGCUUCCGGCGAUAUGCUCGAGGGAUGUCAAGGACUUCACUUGUCUUCCUACAUCAGAGAUGUCAAUUACAGCUGCGGCUCGUGCGGAUAUCAGCUGAACUUGAACUCCUGCAAUCGCAACACUUCUGCCAUUGAUACCAGGUAUGAGAAAUCGAUCAAGCGAGGUCUAAUCUCCUUCUUCUCUGUGGACGAGAGCAGAUUCAGUAUGGUCGAACAGCUUCGAUGGGUACCUUUCUUUAAUUCAAAGAGGUCCUGGGGUUUGUUUCAGCGAAGAACCAAGCUUCUUUGUCGCAAGUGCGGGAAUCACAUUGGUUAUGCUUGUUCUUUGCCCUUUGAGUCCUGGGAUGGCUUCUCCGACUCGAGAGUCUAUGAUAUCAAAUUAAGCGCCCUGCAACCUUCUUUCUAUCAAGAUCCAGGCACCUUCACAUCAUCGGAUUCAAAAACGGAGAGAUAGAGGUAUGGCCGUGAAGUCUAAACACUCAUAUACACCUACUUUUUGAAAAACUUCCAAACUGUUUGUUUAUUAUGCGUAUAAUUAAGUGUAUCAUUACUGGCCAAAAACGGAUUAGCUGUAUCGUUGUUCUGUUUCCUAGGCUGUUUUGAUGGAGCUGAGAAUGUGGGGUAUUGUAUGGCAAUUUUCCUUGUUACGACGGGAAACCAUCUGUAUUAAAAUUU